CAUGGUUGUUUUUCAGCUUUUCUUUAUGAUUUUCAAAUAUAGUUAAUGCUGUUUCUUAUUAAUCUGAGUUAUAUGUAUAGAAAUAUAAAAUGCAAAUUUAAAACUGAGUUUUUGUUUUGAUAAAUUUGUUUAAUAACCUAUCUGUUAGCGUCCGAAUGCUUUCGAUAUAGCAGAGUUGUUAUUAGAAAUAAAUAUGACUUUGAAGUUGUUUUAACGCAAUAAGUAAUCAGGAUGGUUGUUGGGUCGGCAUCGUACCCAGGGAGGCAAGUGCUUCACAAAAUGCAGCCGAUGGGUAUGACUCCGCGCGAGCUUUCGGACUACGACGACUUAGCAACAGCUCUAAUAGUUGAUCCAUAUCUCGGCAUUACAACACAUAAGAUGAACAUACGUUACAGACCAUUAAAAACCAAUAAAGAGGAAUUAAAAAGCAUUAUAAAAGAAUUUAUACAAACACAGGAUUACAAUAAAGCAUAUAACAAAUUGGCUAAUGGAGAAUGGAUGCCAAGACAUUUCACAAAAAACAAGCAUCAACAAAACAAGUUUAGAGAACAUAUUUAUCGCUAUCUGAGGGUUUUUGACAAAAAGGCUGGAUUUGUAAUUGAACCAUGUUAUAGGUAUUCAUUAGAAGGUAGAGUUGGGGCUAAAAUUUCAACAACUAAGAAGUUUUUUAAACAUGAAAGAAUUGACUUUCUUGUUGGAUGCAUUGCUGAAAUGACUGAAGAAGAAGAAAAGCAACUGCUACAUCCUGGAAAAAAUGAUUUUUCUGUUAUGUACAGUUGUAGAAAAAAUUGUGCUCAGUUAUGGCUUGGACCAGCUGCAUACAUUAAUCAUGAUUGCAGACCAACAUGUACUUUUGAAGCUACAGAUCGAGGCAAAGCUUUUGUUCGUGUAUUAAGAGAUAUAGAGGUUGGAGAAGAAAUUACUUGUUAUUAUGGUGAAGACUUUUUUGGCAAUGGGAAUUGCUAUUGUGAAUGUGAAACUUGUGAAAGACGAGGCAAAGGUGCAUUUUCUGUAAAGAAUGCACACAAUGAUGAGGAAUCUACAAGAUAUAGAUUUAGAGAAACUGAUAAUAGAAUAAAUAGGACAAAAGCCAAAUUAACACAAAAAGCAGAAAAUGGGAAACCUCCUGAAAAGGCUCGAAUAUCAAACAGACAAGUUUCUAAUAUUGUUUCCCCUCUUAGUAUGAAGGAAAUGAAGCAAAAAGGAUUGACAAAAUAUGAUGCUGAAUUGUUAAUAGCUCAGGGGUGCAUUGCAGAUGUUGUUGAUGGAGCUCGUGACAAAGAAUCACAAGGGAGUAGAGAAUCCUCAGCUUCUAGAAGAGGUGAACGUUUAAGACGAAGGGCAGAUAGUGGCCGUGCUCCUAAUGGUGUUUCUGCUACUGCCACUGCAACUGCAUCACAGCCGCAUGAACAACCUUCACGGUGUUGCAGUAUAACUAGUUCACGAAGCAGUUGUGACUCUCAUACUGGUAUAGUUCUAAGAAGUCAUAAACGUCUCAUUGACUCUCAAUCCCCUUGUACAAAAGUUAAAAAUAGUUCAAAGAGUAGCUCAGAAGUUAAAAUUGGAAGAAAUCAUAGUGUUCUUAAACCAGACACAGACUCAUCUAGUGCAACGGAUAUAGAUAAAAUAGAAAUUAAACAAGAACUAGACAAUGAAAUUUUUAAAGAGAAUUAUCAAUCUGAAACUAGUAACAUCAGUAAAACAGACACAGAACCAGAAAAUAAUAAUGAUAAAAAAGAAUCUCUGUUAGAAAGAGCUGAAUCUUGUACUUCUAUGUUAACAAUAAAGAAAGAAUGCUAUGAUAGUUCAGAUAACAAAGAACAGAUCAAAGUUGAAUGUGUGAAUGACAAUGAAACAUGUAUAAAAAGUGAAAUAUUUGACUAUAGAGAAAAUGUAAACCCAAGUGAGUCUACAGAUACUAUAAUAAGUAAACACAAAAUUGAUAUUCCUCAUAGGCCUGAAGAGGUAAAGAAGGAACCAGAGUCGGGACUUGCAGAUAAUUCAAAUAAAAGUAGUGAAUGUCCCUGUACGCCACCUCAAAGAAAAACUUUAAAGUUAACUUUGAGAAUGAAACGUAGCCCAGCAGAAGAAGUAAUGAAUUGUGGUAGCACAACAGACGAACCAGAGUAUGAAGUCUUGCGUCUUGAGGGUGUAGACCCUGAAACAGCCCGCCGUUUUAAAAAGCGGCGACGGUCAAAAGAACGCCAUCGUAAACAUAGUCCAAUCCGUCCUUUGCCCCCAAUGAAAAGAUUGCGGUUGAUUGUCGGCAACGAAAGUCGAACUAUAAAUAUUCCAAAUGCUAUAUCGGCAGACUGACAGCCGCAACUACCUUAUAGUUAUUUUUUCCACCGCUAUAUUCAAUUAUUAGUUUAAUUGAUACUGACUAGGAUUAUUUCGUCUAGUAUUUAUUUUGUGAUGUGAAUUCAUAUUUGGAUAUUGUGUGAUAGGCAUCAGAUUCAUUAAAGUGAUAAUUCCAAGAUAUUUAUUAUAAAAUAUGUAAAAUUGUGUUAUAUCAUUAGCACUCAUUUGUUUUUAUCUAAUUGACCUUUUAGUGAAAUGUAUUAAUCAGAAAUGAAUUUAUUUGUACGUUUUUUUGUUUGUUUUAAUGUGUGGAUAGAAUUCCAUUAUUUGGAGUUUAAUUGAACAUUUCCUUUUAAAUUUUGUUAAUUUUGUCAUUUUACUAUUAGUAGUGAUGAUGUUAUAUUUCAUUCUGUUUCUCUUUAAGUCUGUAGUUAGUACCACUGACAUUACUGUGGUGUUAUAAAAUGCAGGAGACUACAGUAACAAUAUGAAUAAUGUAUGUAGUAGUAAUAGUGAUAGGCCGGGAUUACUAGUUUCACAUGUAUGAGUUACGCGAUCCAUGUAUUUUACGCUUAUAAAUAAACUUAUGGUAAUAUCUGGAACUGUCUAACAAGCAAUUUAUUGCUCUAUAUUUAAUUAGAUAUUAAGGUAUUGUAAUAGAAAUCACAGGAUAGAAAUAUUGAUAAUUUGUAAAUAUGCUGUAUUGUUAUUGGUUAUUGCUUCGUUUAUGGGUUUAAAUUUUUUUUGACUUGGACUUAUAUGUUCCUCUUGAAGGCUAAUGUGACCUAGGCCAGGACUGAUAGAUUUUUGAGGAGACUUGCACUACAGGUAUUACAAUAAUAACUUUAUCCCACGUAGUUUUAGAUAUGAAUUUUUUAAUGAGUAUUAUGUUUUUCUAAACAAAGCAGUAAUAACCACAAGUUAGAAAAAUAAUUGUGAUUUAUGUACGCCUUAUUUACCAGCUUAGUUAAAUAACACUUAACAUUAUUUCUUCUUGUUUAAACAUAGUAGAAAUUAGGUUUUGGUUAUUAGCUUUAAUAUUUUUCAUACACAUUAAAAUUUGCUAAUGUAUAUAUAAAGCAUUGAUAUAUCUAUGAAAUUUCUUAUUUCAUUUAAAAUAUGAAAACGCAUCAAAGCGCAGGAACAAUAAAUUUCAUUGAUCACAACUACAUGUGUAUUUGUAUGUGUACUUUUAAAAGGGAAUACUUAAAUCGUAAAUAUUUAAAAUGCAGGCAUAUUGUUAUAAUAAAUUCGUAUGAUUGUAUAAAUAUAAGUUCGCAUGUCUAGUAUGUAGGUAUUUUGAUGGAUCCCAUGACUUCAUGUUAUGAAUUAUAUGUAAUUCCGGCUCGAAUGUUACUUUUAGUGAAGUAUUCGAUCUCCAUUUGUUGGUAUGUAAAUGACAAAAUUAGGAAAAAAAAAUUAAUAAUACAUAAUAAAUAAAAUUUUAAAAAUAUGGUUUUUCCAUGUUAUAGGUACUUAUUAGCUUGGACACUGCCGCAUUGUACAGCCAUUGUAUUGAUUAGGAGUUAGGACACUACAAAUGAUUUUGAUUGGUGUGGAAUAAUUGUUUAGAUUUCUUACAAUGUAUAUUCUUGUUCAUGGUGUACACAAAUACUAGUCCUGACUCAACCUUUGGUGAUGAAUAUUCCUCAUGUGUUAAUAUCAAAGUAAAAUUAAUACUAAUGUAUAAAUAACACCUUUUGGUUUGUAGCAUUUUAAAGGAUCAUAAUUAUAAAAAAUAAACAAUUAUUCAAUUGAAUGGAACAGGA